AUGCUGAAUAUUCCAAAGAACGAAACCAUUUCAUUUGGGUUCAGUCGCGAUGAUAGGUACACAAUAAACCCAAGCAGUGGUGUCCAGAAUCCGCUAUACACCAGAAGAACUGCCAAACCAUAUCGGGCAGCCGUCUGUGAGCAUUACAACAUCAAAGAUCCACUUUAUAGGGUUGUCGAAUGCUGGGUUUUCGAUAUUAGCACACACACUUCACAGACAACGUGGCUGACCUACUCCAUGGAAGCCAUAGGGAGUGACCAGUUGAACGCGUACCAAGAAGGGCUCGCAAGCUUCAUAAAACAGGGUACCGCUAUGACCACUGCAGAGGUCAUAGCUAGUCUUGUCAUCGGAGGAAUUUUUCGCAAUUCGGCCAGUAAUUCUGCCAUGGUGGAAUUUGUGAAUGAAUCAGGUCCAAGAACCACUUCUGACACUUUGACCCAACCACCUUGA